AAGGAAAUGAGAGUGCUUCCCCGGUCAUCUCCCAUUCUAACCAUCUUUAAUUGUUUCAGCCUGCAGAAUCCAUACUUGAGGGAAUAUUUCACUCUCAAAAGCCUGCAGAACCAUGUGCAAUAUGAAAGGAGCAAGAGGUACCCACCAACACCGCGGUUCGUCCAGGAGGCAGCAACUCUCUUGACUAACCCGGACAACGGAUACUUGGCACGGACCGUUGAUGAUCAAGACGAGUUUUUCCAGGGGCAGGUGGGUGCCCCAGGAGAGGAAAGCUUGGUGUUUGCCAGCAGGCGGCUCCUGGCAAUGAUACAAAGGGACGAUGUGGUUCAAGGUGACGACACAUAUAAAAUCAGGCCUUACUUGAAUAAGUCGAGGCAUGUGUUUAUAGUGUCCCUAUAUUCAUAUGGCCAAAUGUUUCCUAUUGCGUACGCCGUGAUGACCAAGGGGACCACAACGGCGUACGCAGCUGUCCUUAAUAAGCUCAAGGAGCUUGGGCUCCGCCCGCAAGCCGUGGUGACAGACUGGGACGAUGCCCAGAGGGGUGCCUGGAAGGAAGUCUUCCCAAGAAUUGAGCUAUGGGGAUGCUAUUUCCAUUUCCUGAGAGCCAUAUACAGGAAAGCAAAAAAGAAAAGUCUGGCAUCUUACCUCAGCGACCCAGACAUGUCGCAAGGAGAAGUAGCAAGGAUCCUUCGAAUGUGCGCGGCGAUACCCCGGCUGAGUGCGGGCGACAUUGAAGAAGGUUACAAUCGUAUCUGGAAAAUGGCUCGUGACCUGCCGGGGGUGCCGGAUAACGUGGCGAAGAAGCUUAUGUCAUUCCUGCGAUAUUUCAAAAGGGAAUGGGUAUCAAAGCCAGAGGAGGUCACCAUAAAAGGCCGCCACGUUCAUACCACUAGUGGCCAGGAAGGGCUCCACAAGUGGCUAAACACAUGCCUCAACAACAUGGACCGGCCGAGUUUUUGGAAGUUCAUGGGAAUAAUCCGCCGGGAUGAACACAAGUCCUAUUAUGAGUUAAAUGGGAUUGCUGUGACAGGCCACAAGACCGGGACAAUGAGCGGAAAGAGACAGAAGACUAAGAAUUUCAACAGUCGUGGACUAAAGUUUGACGCCGAUAUAAUUGAAGCAACCAAAUGCUUUGUGGCUAACCAAAGCAUAACAAGUUUCCUGACGUUGGCGGCUGCAGGGGUGCGGGAGGCCAUGCACUUUAUCAGCCAAUUUGGCGACGACGUCGAGCUCCCCGAGUAAUUAUUAUUAUUAUUAUCGAAGUUAUUAACAUAUUGAUAUUUGCAGGCCGUACGAAGUCGACCCGGACGGGCCAGAGCCGGACUGUGACGAUCCAGUGACUCCGCCCUCUACACUCUCAUUUCCUUAUGGACACGCUUACGGUGAAUUUUGUGCUAACAUAUUAUGGAUCACAAAUUAUCCAUAAUAUGGAUAAAAUUGUCCGUAAUACAGACAAUUUGAUCCAUAUUACAGACAUGCCUUCAUCCGUAGGGUUUGGACGAAAGGUCUAUUACCUGUUGAGCUAACAGUGAAUCCAAAUCCGUCAGAAUCUCAAACAGGGUGUCAAAACGAACCCCUCCAGUGAUUUUGCGAUUUUUACCCAGCAUAGGAAGCGACCUACGCGUGAUUUUGUCGUGUAUGAGGUAAUUUUGAACCAUUUUUCGAACGUAGACUCUUUCCACUGCUGGGUAAAAAUCUAAAUCCGUCAAAAUCUUAAACAGGGUGUCAAAAGGAACCCCUCCAGUGAUUUUUGGAAUUUUACCCAGCUUAGUUUUUUAUUUUUGGUGGAGAAAGUCGAAAAAAAUCCUGGCCAGGAAAUUUUCCUGGCCAACUUUAGACCGGUGGAAUACCCCCGUCAUCGUGGUGGACGGACUCCUUUCCCUGACCGAGCUGCUCCUCGAGGUGAACAGGGCGAUCAAGCGGCACACCUGCUGCUCCGCCGAUAGUAAUGCCACGGACUGUACCGCGCGCCAGCCUCGGGGCGCCGAACCAAGCAUUGUUGAGCCCUUGACCAACGCCGCACGGCCGCCGAGCCGCGGCCGGCGCGCCCCCCACCCUCCACGAAGUGCCGCCCGAAGCGCCCAGAGCACCCCGACGCCUCAGUCUUCCAGCCGCAUCCGAGCACGAUGCAAGGUCCCGUCCCGCGAGCCCGCGUCCUGGAAGAAGUGCAAAAGAUCAGGCGAUUAAGGAUCGUACAGCGCUACAGAAGCCUUUUUGGAAGUGACCCCGAGGCAAGGUCCUACAGUAGGUUGUGUCACUUGGGGUAUCGUGCUCUCAUUGGUUGACAGAUCGUGACGUCAGCGUCAGUUCGCUCGCGCCAGAUUUGAAAAUAGCUGUCAGCUCAAUUUUAUUUUAACAGUAAUUAUCCGAACGGACUAUAAAAAUAUACCAUUGGUGAGGCAUAAACAAGGUGUAGGAAUACUUUGAAUGACGAAAUUCAACCGGAUCGUUUGUUUGCGAACUGAUAAGUAACGGAGAAGAGUCAACCUAACCUCUAAUCCAAUAUGGCCGCCCUCCUCGCACCGGUGGCCGGCAGGUUCUAAGAGAUGUCAUCCGUUUCAUAUCUCCCUACAGAACGAUCAUCCAAGUCCAAAUGUGGUGCAAUAUCUAAGUAGGGGACAAAAUAAUGAUGUUCUCGGUAUUAUUUUUCCUUAAAAUGAAUAUUGUGAGUGAAAUUGUGUGAACACUCGAUCAGCUAUUUGAACUACGGCGCGAGAGUACUGACACUGACGUCACGAUCAGUCAACCAAUCAGAGCACGAUACCCCAAGUGACACAACCUACUGUAGGACCUUGACCCCGAGGA